AGGGCAGCCGGCAGCUUCCCCUUUUCUGCCCCUGCUCCAGGCUCCUAGUUCCUUCCCCAUCAGUGCCUCGGAGGAGGGGAGGCAACAUCAUGGCCCCCCGCGCGGCCGCCAUCCGCCAGACCUGCUGCUGCUUCAACGUGCGCAUUGCUACCACCGCCCUGGCCAUCUACCAUGUGAUCAUGAGUGUGUUGCUGUUCAUUGAGCACUCAGUGGAGGUGGCCCACGGCAAGUCCUCCUGCAAGUUCUCGAAGACGGGCUACCUCAGGAUCGCCGAACUGGUCUCCAGCUUCCUGCUUAUCACCAUGCUCUUCAUCAUCAGCUUGAGCCUGCUGGUUGGCGUGGUCAAGAACCGGGAGAAGUACCUGCUGCCCUUCCUAUCUCUGCAAAUCAUGGACUUCCUCCUGUGCCUGCUCACCCUGCUGGGCUCUUACAUCGAACUGCCUGCCUACCUCAAGUUUGCCUCCCGGAGCAGCAGGCGGGUGAACCCCUCCAAGGUCCCACUGAUGACCCUGCAGCUGCUGGACUUCUGCCUGAGCAUCCUGACCCUCUGCAGCUCCUACAUGGAGGUGCCCACCUAUCUCAACUUCAAGUCCAUGAACCACAUGAAUUACCUCCCCAGCCAGGACGGUAUGACUCAUAACCAGUUCAUCAAGGUGAUGAUCAUUUUCUCCAUUGCCUUCAUCACUGUCCUCAUCCUGAAGGUCUACAUGUUCAAGUGUGUGUGGAGAUGCUACAGACUGAUGAAGUGCACGAACUCGGCUGAGGAGAGGAGUGGCUCCAAGAUGCUACAGAAGGUGGUCCUGCCAUCUUAUGAGGAAGCCGUGUCUCUGCCAUACAAGGUUCCGGAGGGGGGCCCAGCACCACCCCCGUACUCAGAGGUGUGAGGCUCGCCAGGCCCCAGCCCUGGUGCUGGGAGGGGCGGAGCUGCCUCGCAAUCCGCUUCUUUGCUUUGGUGGCCCCCGUGGCCUGGGUGAACCACCUGGCUGACUUCAGGACUGUCCGCUUGUGUCCCCCUCGCUGGCCUGCUUUUCCUGCGGGGCCUGGGAGAUGCUCACAAUGGGUCAACCCUUUUAGGCUGGAUGAUUCCUUGGGUCUCGAAAAUUCAGUCCAACAGCCCUUGGCUUCUUUCGAUCAGCUCUGACAUUGGUCUACACGACUGCUCUUUCUAAAGUCAGUGAGUUUGGUUAUGUAACUCUCAACUUGACCAGUUUUACUAAAGGGCUGAAGAAUCAAAAACAAGCUUGUCAGUUCAGUGAAAAUAAUGUGGUCAAACAACAAAUUCCAUUGCACUGAUUUGUAAAUAGUUGUCAAUUCACAGAGCAGUUCAGUCAAGUAAUCAUCAGUUGGUCCUCCCCACCAAAUACAUCUGUCCAAUUUCUUCCAAUAGUUGCUUAAACAAUGAUUAAGUCAGCCAACCCUCAGUUAAUUUAGUGACGACAUUCAAUAAUAAAAAAACCCUCAAAUUAGCCCCCAAACCAUUCAGUUCAAUCUAGCCCAAUAACCCAACUGCCUGAUGUGGUCAAUUCAGUCCUUGUGAGUCCUGAAUAAUUGUUCAUUCAAAUGAAAAUGCAGUCAGGCAUUUGCCAAAAUGGGAAGUAGCAGUUGUUUUAAUCAUCAAACAGCCCCUACAGACACACAAUAGGUUUGCUAAAGAGUUGUCAUCCUCAACAACCAGUCACUCACGGCCAGUGUGGUCACAUAGCCAUGGGUCCUGGGAAACGGGCGUCCUCAGCCGCGGUCAUCUCUAGGAAUGCACUAUCAGCCCAUCCUGCAGCCUGUCCACCGCCAGUUAGCUGUAGGCCACCCAGCUCUGCCUGACACUUGGGUCAAGCAGAAAUUCAGCCCUGAAAUCAGGCAAAUGCAUUUAUUGGACUAAAUCCAAAGGUUAGUUCAGUCAAAACAGGCAAACCCUUUGUGGGCACAGACCCAGCCCUGGGGGCUUAUGUUGGUGGGGCCAUAGGGAAGGCUUCGGUACCUGUACCACCUCUUCUGUCUGCCCCUGGGGGCCAGGAUUUCUGAGGGCACAGAUCCAAAGGUGGAGAGAAGGCCACAGAAGCAGGUUCUCUGGGGUCUGUAAGGGGGGUACAGAGGGAGAGGGCUGUGCAAGGGGCUCCCCACCAACACCCCUUGUGCCACUGCUUUGUGUGAUGGGAAAGAAGUUUUAAUAAAGCAGCAACACGCUUCUCUUUG